AUGGAGGACUUUAAGGGCGCUUUGGCUUCUUCUCGCGGGCUGGUGGGCCAGUUGGCUGAGCUGGGCAGGCUUGAUGAUGCUGGGGGUGGGAGCGGGAUAACGGUAGCGGAGGGAGCGAGGUUGGCGUGCGUAGGACGACUGACUGAAAUUCUGAGGGUGAACGUGAGGGUACGAUACGAGCUCGACAUUUCUGAGUUCGCACAAGCAGUGAUGCCAUGUCUGGCUGAUGCAUGCAGCAAAGACCUCAGGAUGGCCGUGUUCAGGUUGCUACGGUUUACCAUUGUGGAUGCUACGGCACUUGGAGUGCUGAAGGACGAGGGGCUGGAUUGGUAUAUGAUUAAAACUCUUUCAAGAGACAACAAACACGUAGAAGAAAAAGAGCAAGUGCUCAAGCUUAUCCGACUUUUCCUCACUCUCCGGUCCGAGCCCCAACCCCAAAACUCCAACAGCAACCCCUCUCCUCCCCCACCUGCGCCGCCUAUCUCCGAACCUCUUCUCCGCGCGUUCAUAGCCAUGUGCGACUCCUCAGAAGACGCGCUCCGCCUCACGGGGCUGGAGACACUUGCUGAGCUUGUACUGGUUGACAUUGAUGCUGUCUGCUUGUCGGGAGGGAUGAGAGUUCUUCUCCAGGCACUGGCGGAGGGGGCCGAGGUUGGACCGGCUUUGGCGGGCGUGUUCUUGUAUUUGAUCGAUCGGCCCAGGACAAGAGGAUAUUUUAGACUUGGAAGCGAUCUGGAGUCCGUGUUCUCCGUGUUCUCAGAAGUGUAUGGGACCCGUCAGUCGAUCAACACCGCCCGCCUACGCGCUUGCAGCAAGACCAUCUCCAGCAUGCUCCGUACCUGGGCAGGGCUGCUUUACUUUUCGCUCAACGACCGGCGCGCCAUCGCCACGCUUGUUAACACCCUACGCUUUCCUAUCCCCGAAAGUCGAGAGAUACUUAUCGAUUUCUUCUUCGAGCUUCUGAGAAUCAGGGGUGCGAAAUGGCAUGGCGAGUUCUUACAAGGGAGGAGACUGACACUAUACGGCCGGGGGGCACUCGGUGCCCCAAAAGGCCCGAAUCCUGCUCUCGAACCUCUCAACGCGAGACUCGAUCUCUCAGAUCAAUUUGUCGCCCUCCUCGUCUCCAUCUUCAUCGAAGCCGGCCUCCUGGACGCGCUCGCGGUAGUCAUACAAGAGAAAGGAGGCAACGAGGGCGUUGCGAGAAGGGCAGCUCUCUUGAUGGAUGAGGUGCUGCAGAUCGUUAGUCGCGUACUACCGGGGAGGGUGUCUAGCACCAUCUUGUCACUCCCGGCACUGUUCGCCAUGACGACUAGCUUCAAAGACAACGAUCAGCGUAACAUUGGUAUCGAUACGCUAGCUUCUCUGGAUAGUCUGGAUCGGAACCGGUUGCGUCUUCAGGCCCAACCUCAAACGAACCGAAAUCGUUCCAACUCGGUAGACGAUGCCAUCCGCCGCGGGCAGCGGCAAGCCGAGCAGACGCGCAAGACGAUGGCUGCUGCGGUGGACGACAAGACCUUUGCGACGAUGAUUGUUGAUACGGGCGUGACGACGUCGCGUGACUCUGUGAGAUGGAAUGUCGACCUCCUGCUCGAGGUCAUGGAUGGCGCGUUAAGCAGCUCUAAACGGCUGGAGGAGGUGCUGAAGACAAGCAAGUUUUGUCGCCGGCUUUUACCGUUCUUUCACCCUUUUGCACAUCGGUUCUCAGAUUUGAGAAGUACGAAACCGAACGAAAGAUGGGUUAAGCUUGGAUGCAAGUUCUUGAGAGUGCUCAUGAGCCAUUCGGAGGGGCAGAGGAUGCUGACUGAGGAUAAGCUCUUAUUAGAGCUGAUGGAGUGCUUCGCUCAGCUUGACCCUUUCAACGGCGCACCGUCAAGUGAUCCCAUCUUCUCAAAGAAGCGCGUAGAAGAUACGCUCACAUACGGAUACUUUGAGAUGCUCGGCACGCUCAGUCAGUUCUCGGAAGGCAUCGAGCUCCUCCAGCGAUUCCGGAUAUUCACUGCUUUCUACCACUUGAGCGAACUCAAGAGCAGAGAAGACCUUAUCAAGGGUAUGAUCGAGCAUUUGGACUAUUCAAGGGACGGGCAUCCGAGGAUUGUGUUAUCGAAGGCGCUGACAUCGAGCUACAAGCAUAUCCGAAAGUACGCAACGGAACACCUUGGCAAGCUCAUCCAAAACAGUGACGAACCGCACGAGUGGACCCUUCGCCUGCUUCUCACGCAACUAUACGACCCUGCUGUAGAAGUGUGUGAACAAGCCGUCGAAUAUCUGCAAGAAGCGUGUCAGUCCUCCGAGGUCUUGCAGAUGGUCGUGCGUAUGCGACCAACCCUGGAGCACUUGGGCGAACUCGGUCAUCCACUGCUGCUGAGGUUCAUGUCCAACCAGGCGGGGUUCAGGUACCUGCGUGAGGCACGCUAUGUCGAUCGGGAGAUGGACGGCUGGUUCCAGGAGAGGAACUUGCAGUACGUGAUCCAGGUGGAGGCGUUCUUGGCCAAAGCGCUGGGGCAGGAGGAUACUGAGGAGUUCCUCAACCCUGACUUCGACGGCAUGGCCCCACCACACUUUUAUGGAGAGAUGGCAAAGACUGAGCUGGGCUGCCAGAUCAUCCAUGAAAAAGGUCACUUUGCGGACUUUGCACAGGUGAUAAGACAGUAUGGACUGGAAGAUGAAGACAGGGAACUGAUCACGAAGCUGAAAAGUGUGUUAUGGGCAGUGGGGAACAUCGGCUCUCACCACUACGGCUUCCAGUUCAUAGAGGAAGAAGAUAUCCUACAGAACAUCAUCGAUAUCGUGGAGCAGUCUGCAGUGCUCUCCGUACGCGGAACGGCGUACUUCGUUCUCGGGCUCCUGUCAUGCACCUCGGAGGGCGCGGAGAUCUUGUACGAGUACGGGUGGGAGGCAACCAAGACGCCUAUGGGAGAGCCGACUGGCAUAUGCUUGCCCAUCGCCCAGGGGGAGAAGAUGGAGCGAUUCCUUGAUAUCCCCCUCUGGGAGCCGCCAUUACGGAUCUACAUGGAGCCGCGGAUGUUGCGUCCGCCUACAGCGCCCGUCGAAAAUGACGUACUCCUGGCCAUUGCCAACCUGGGCAACUCGAUGACUGCGAACAAAGCUUCGCACACUCUUGCGCUGCUCAAGACGCGCCAUCAUAAGCUGUUCAGUAGCAUCACCCUCCUCUAUCGAGUGCUGCACCUAAUCUCGACGCAUUCGUAUCGGUUCUCGGUGAGGAAGUAUGUUCUGGACCUGUUCGAAGUCCGAUUCGAUCCGAAGACGGUCGCCGCGCUGCGCAAGGCCGCUUCCUCCCUACAGCAAGUCGGGCCAGCGGAGGUAGAGCAGGCCGCACCAAGACCGAGGGACAGCCUGAGGAGCAGAGGGAGGACAAGAAGUAUUAGUGACGAUGAAGAGCUGGGGUUGGGGUUGGAGGGAGAGGAAGAAGGCGAGGGGGUGGAGGAGGAGCAACAGAGGGGCGUGUGGAUGGAGCCUCAGGUUAAGGUGACUGGGUUUGACGAUCCGCGGGUGCAUGAUUAACCCUUUUCCUUCCUGUUUUGCGAUGAACGAGGUGAGGAACAGUCCAUUUUGGUAACCAUUUCUCUUCCGGUUCCCUUUCUUCUCUCUUCUCUGCUUUUACCUGCUCCAGUACAUCUUUCAUUUUUUUUGGCGGUGAGGUUACCCUGAGUGCACGAUACCCGGCAUUGUGAUAUACUCGCACUUUCUCGAUGUAGUAGAAAUGUAUGACUAGCUAGACUGCAGCGGGAUCUGUAGGAAAGCAUGAUAUGUAUGAUGUCC